AUGGGUACUGCCAACUCGAAAACCAUCACCAUUCAUGACGCUGUGCAAGAUCAAGACAACAGCAGCAAGAAACUUGUCGCCAGAUACAUUGAACCGUUCAAGAUUCUCGAGAAGCUGUCGAACUACGUGUACCGAUUGAAGUUGCCAGAAUUCAUGCGAUUGAUGAACGAGGUGUUUAACGUGGAGCAACUGAAGAAGUGUCUCGACAACCCAAGCGUAUUCGAAGGAAGACCGCAGCAAAGGAGCACACCUUUUGUGGUGCAGGAAAACAAACUUACGCUAUCCAGGAGACUAGAACACGUUGGAGAGCGAGCAAAACAUUCGCCAUGUGUCACCUUGGAAGUCGUUGUUGAAGGACUUGGAGGCAAGGACUCAACAACUAAGGCGGGAGAAUGUAACCAAUUAACUGUGCGCUGGUUAACGAGUACCAGUUAUCCAAAGAGGUUCUAG